UCUCUAUUGACACCCAGAGAGAACCUCGAUCAAGUUCAUAUCUCAUACACACAACAAUUCGUUGUCGAAACCCUCCCAUAUUUUUCAGAGACAUUAUGGGAUCACAAGAGGAUUUCAUCAUCAACAACAUUGAGAAUGCAAUCGACGACGAUCACAAGGGUUUAGUAAACGGCACGAAUAAUAUAAAUGGUGAGAAUAAGGAGCAAUGGAGUGUUGGGAAGACGCCUCAAAACCUGUCAUCCUCCAUGGUACGCAAAAAGUCCGACCCGAUUCUUGUUUCUAAUGUACGCUUCCAAAUGCUCAGAAAUUUUCUAAACAAUUUGCAAGAGGUGAUCCUUGGCACCAAGCUCGCCGUACUUUUUCCGGCCAUUCCACUCGCGAUUGCUGCUGAUUUUUACCACUUCGGAAGACCUUGGGUUUUUGCUUUGAGUUUGUUGGGACUCACUCCACUGGCCGAACGUGUCAGCUUCCUCACCGAACAAAUCGCAUACUUCACCGGUCCAACAGUUGGGGGACUUCUUAAUGCAACGUGUGGAAAUGCAACAGAGAUGAUAAUAGCACUAUUUGCUCUUCAUGAGAACAAAAUAGAUGUUGUCAAGUACUCCUUAUUGGGUUCCAUUCUCUCAAACCUCCUCCUUGUUCUUGGCACCUCUCUACUUUGUGGAGGCCUGGCCAACAUCAAAAAAGAACAAAGAUAUGAUAGAAAACAGGCUGAUGUGAAUUCACUACUGUUACUGCUGGGGUUACUAUGUCACAUGUUGCCACUUUUGUUCAGAUAUGCCUCAGGAGUUAGCAAUUCCUAUGCCACCUCCACUCUUGAAUUGUCAAGAGCAAGCAGCAUUUUUAUGCUUAUUGCAUAUGUUGCUUAUAUCUUCUUCCAGUUGAAAACACACCGCCAAGUGUUUGAAUCACAAGAGGAAGAUGAUGAAGAAGAAGAGAAAGCAGUGAUUGGAUGUUGGAGUGCAUUCGGUUGGCUGGCUGGUAUGACAGUUAUCAUAGCGCUCUUGUCUGAGUAUGUCGUGGGUACAAUUGAGGCUGCAUCAAACUCUUGGGGCAUUUCUGUGACCUUUAUCAGCAUUAUUUUGCUACCAAUUGUGGGAAAUGCAGCAGAACAUGCUGGAUCAAUCAUAUUUGCUCUCAAGAACAAGUUGGACAUAUCUUUGGGUGUUUCUUUAGGUUCUGCGUCUCAAAUCUCCAUGUUUGUGGUCCCUUUAAGUGUGAUUGUUGCUUGGAUAAUGGGGAUUGAAAUGGAUCUUGACUUUAGUCUCCUUGAAACUGGUUCACUUGCUUUCACAAUAAUCAUCACAGCCUUUACAUUGCAGGAUGGAACUUCACAUUAUAUGAAAGGAGUCAUUCUUUUCCUCUGCUACAUUAUUAUUGCUGCUUGCUUUUUUGUUGACAAAACUCCCAUGAAUGAUUCAAAUGGUAGCAAUUUGGGUAAUGUACUUGAAUUAUCUUCCAACUAUUAUGCCGGAGUCUUGUUUGCUUGAUUGGCAAGUUAUCCCAAAUAAAGAAUGGUGCUUAAGAGAUUUAUUGGUCACUUCCUAUUCCUCCAUUUGCUAAAAAAAUGCUCAUGAUUCCAUUUUGGUUAAAGUAGAGAUGGGUUUUAGUGUGUUCUCAACAAGCCGUGGACUCUAAGGCUGGACAUGAAGUAAUUACUGGAAGUUCUAUCUGAAGAUGCCUGUAUAUAACUUCUGCUCUCUCAUGUCUCUGUAAUAAGGUUGAUUUUGCUUCAUUCUGCUAGAAACUGGUGGCAAACUGGUUUAAUUUUUCAUUAAAUUUGUGUAUUUGAUUUGAGCAGAGGAAAUGCAAUCAUGUCUUUUUGAUUUUUAUAUUGUGAUUGAAAUAAUUUAAUGGAAAUAAACAACUCUCUUGAUCGGAGUUCAACUUUC